CGCAACAGGAGCCCUCAUCAGAUCACUGAACGGAAUUGCGCUAUGAAUCCUGCGCAAACGGUAUCAAUUUUUGGAAUACAGUAGAUGAACAAUCAUUCUCAUGCGCGUCACAAUGAAAUGGGUUGGCGAAAGAACGCAGAGUUGCUCCGUUUCGAAUCCUCAUUCGUUCCGCGUGCUGUCAAUCAUGCACAGGAUCCAGGAGAUUAAAAGUUUUCCGCGAAACCGGUGUUCUCCAGCACUUUGGCAAGCAGUAUGCGGGCGUCUGGAACGUGUCGAAAUGUGAAGUGAAUUUUUUUUUUACCAUUGCAGUUUGAGCUGAAGUUGUUCGGUAGGAUUCCAGGUUUUCAACUGUAAAUCCAUGGUUGUCCUGUUGAGAAUUGGAUUCUAUCUUCUAUACUGUGCAUAUAGGUCUUGAUAUUUCUGAACUAAAUUGCCAUGACAGUGAAGAUAUCCUGCUCAAUGCUGGAGCUUUCGUGUCUGCUGCUACUCCUUAAUGGUGCAGUUGCUGUCCACAUGAUCUGGAAAAACUGCAGUCAUAUUGCACUGAAUUCCUCAGUUCUUCAUCUUGGUUAUCCUUUAACGGCUACCUGCCUGUUGAGAAGUGAAGUGUGUGCUUUAGACUACAAGAUUAACCCAACUGCUGUGGUCUGGCAAAUGAACGGGGAGGAGAUUUCAAGAACCCAGUACAGUAUGUUGAACUACCAAGUGUCUGCAGUCACCUUACCUAAUUUCAAUCAACCCAAAGGGAAUCUGACUUGUUCUGUUCUCAACAACGGAUCACUGCAGCUGCUUCAGUGGGCUGAAGUCAGAGCUGGAUACCCUCCAAUGAAACCACGCCUUUCAUUCUGCACAUCGUAUUGGACCUCAUUUGCAGUACAGAGCAUUGUUUGUAAUUGGGAUCCAGGAUCUGAAACAUACCUGGAAACAAACUUCACAUUACAUGUGUCAGAAACUACUGGAAAUUGCACUACCAGAUAUUUAAAACCAAAGAAUUGUACUACAAAUAAGACCAAGAACUCAUGCACAGUCCUUGUUUCAAAUUUGAUAUCCUACCAUGACAUCUGGGUUACAGCUGAGAAUGCACUUGGAACAGCAAUGUCCAACCACAAGUGCCUUGAUGGCAUGCUAAUAGUGAAAUUCAAAGCUCCUCAAAUAACUGAGAUGUCACAGGAUACAGAACAAAAUGACUGCCUAAUUGGACAGUGGAAGAUGCCCUUUGAGAUGAUUAAUCAUAGCAAGGCUGCUUUUGAGAUUCAGUACAAGGCACUUGAUGAAGAGAAAUGGAUCCAGGUUCCCCUAACAGCAAUAAAUAGUACGUUUUUCAGGCAGUGUAACCUCUUACCGUACACCACGUACCAGCUGAAGAUUCGUUGCAAGCAGAAAGCUGAGACCAGUCCGUGGAGCGAGUGGAGUAACGAGAACACAUGCAUGACAGCCGAGCGUGUUCCAACUCAACAACUGCAGCUCUGGAGAAGUAUUGAGAAACCUAAUUCAGAAGGAAUUCGAAGAGUACGUCUUAGAUGGAAGCCGCUGAACAAAAGUGCAGCAAAUGGAAAGAUUUUGGGUUACAGGGUCAGACUGCAUAAGCCAGAGCUGCAGGAGUACAACACCUCCUUCCUAGAGAGCACCGUCUACCUACUUGAUAGUAACUACAGUAUCCAGGUAUCUGCCUACAAUUCAGUGGGAGAAUCUCCAAAAGCUCAGAUUGUUAUUUCAUCGUCUAAAAUGCAAGAUUUGCCUUCUCUGCCCCAUGUUCUUGCUUUUUCAAAUGGAAAUGACAGCCUUCUGAUUCAGUGGGAGCCUCCCAGUAUAGUGGCAACUGCUUAUGUGGUCGAAUGGUGUGUGGUGUCUCAGAAAAUCCCCUGUAAUAUCAGUUGGCAAAGUACCCCUGGAAAUGUUACUGAAGUCAUCAUACAUGAUAACAUUAAGCCAAUGCAUCUCUACAACAUUUUGGUUUACCCUAUUUUUGAUGACGUAUCAGGGUUUCCAGCAUCCACACAGGCUUACUCAAAGGAAGGUGCUCCAAGCUGCGGUCCUGAAAUUUGGUCUAAACAGAUCUGGAAGACCAAAGUACAUCUUGAAUGGCAUGAGCUUCCGAUCGAUGAUCGGAAUGGCUUCAUCAGGAGUUAUACAGUAUUAUAUAAGAAUGGGAAUGGCAAGCUGAAAUCUGUUGUUGUCAAUGGAUCUGAGCACAACUGCGUCCUCAAUGGCCUGUCACCAAGCACGGAGUAUGACGUGAGCAUUACGGCCUCUACAGACGCAGGCAAUGCUACAGGCUCCAGUCUGGCCAUUACAACCAAGACAUUUGAUGAUGGAGAACUGGAGUUGUUCCUGAUCUGUGUCUUCUCUUUCCUUCUGUUUACGACCCUGGCUUUAAUGGGUGCCUGCAUCUUCCAACGACACAGAAUUAGGAAACAGUUUUGGCCCAACGUUCCAGAUCCUGCGAAUAGCACCCUGGCUCACUGGAUGCCCAAAAAGUUGUGGCAGGAUGUAAAAGACCUUCAGGAGGAUCAGAAUCCAACGUUUCAAGUCCAAGCUGUCCACUGUGGUGAUCAGGCCAAAUCCGAUGUCAGUGGUACCAAAUAUUACUGGAUGCAGGGCACCAAGAUUGAGAGCAGUCCAAGCUCUGUCAGCAACAGUCUGAGUGAAGCCAACUGCAGCAUCAAGCAGUCCAUACGGGAAUUCAUCGCCCCACAGAAUGAGUUCGAUUCACAUGAAAUGGAACACUUCCCGAAGCUCGAACCAGAGACCGUGACUGUAAAUGAAUACAAUAAACAGAGAAAUGCAACAUUUGCUGUUUUCCCACCAAAUUCAACACCGACUCUUCUCACUUGCUUCCCUCAGGUCAUUCCUCAUAAUGAACAGAGUCUGCUGUCUCUAUUUCAGAGCAUACCAGAUGAUAACCGCAGCAAAACUCCGCAGGAGAUGAGUCAAGUACUUGAAAAAGAGGAAAUGCUGUGCAGUUUUCCAUUUUUAAUGAACCUGCAUACUCUUUCAAGCUCUGAGAUACUAACCUAAAUAUUAAACUCAUUUACAGUGAUGAAAGAGAUUGCAUGAGCCAAACUCUGUGACCAGCGUAUCAUUGCACCUAUGCCGGAAGUAUUAUUGUUGGCUGAUUGUACGCUUUCAUGGUAGUUAAUGGUACUUUACCAAGUACACCCAAGAUUUUUUGGAGCAGUCUGCUUGUUCUACACCAAGAGAAAAUAAAAGGAGUUACUUUAAAAAAAAAACUCUCCCUCAUAUUGGAUGAUAUGUCAGCACAACAUCAUGGAGCAAAGAACUCUUCUGUGCUGUAAUGUUCUAUGUUCUAAAUAAUUUUGCAUUUUGUCUACUUUUUUAAAGUUCCUGUGCAUCAAAAUCUGAUUAAUCUUAUUUGCAUUAAUAUUUUAGUAAGUUUUCGGAAUGAUCAUUGUUCAUCAGUUCUGAAAGAUAGACCAUGAUGAAAGCAGACUACAAGACUGGACCUAAGAUUUCAUUGUAGGUGAUGUUAAAUCUCAAGGGCUGGAAACAAAUGCGAUUACCCCUUAAUAACACUGACAGAACAAGUUUCUUGUAAGCGUUCUAUUUUAAUAUUCAGUUGCAACACAGAAUGCAGGAGCAUGCUUUUGGAAGAAGUGCAUUGGAAUACAUCACCCCAGCUCUUUGAUUGUAAACCCUGGUCAAUUGACAAAUGAGUAUUUCAGCUUGCAUUCUGAAGUGCCAAAUAUAUUUAUUUGAUAAGAAAAGCAGAGUUCUCUAAAUGUUUUCUUUACCACUUCGAGCAUCUCCGCAGCAUGCACUACAAGUGGGACUUCCCAGUGGCCACACGUUUUAUUUCCUAUUCCCAUUCAUGUUCCGACAUGUUGAUCCUUAGCCC